AAGAGUUGAGUAUGAAGCUGUCGUUCGGAUAACUGCAGCGAUUCGGUCGGAUAAUAACUUGAUUAUACUUAUUUUAAGUAGUAUGUAUUGUUUUUAUUAGUGCUGCGUUAGCGAAAUAGGAUUUUUUUUUUAAAUAGUUGGGGUUAGUUUUUAUAUUAUCUCAAUUAUUAUUAUUAUUAUUAGAAUGUCUGUCCGGCGGGGGGGUUUGAUGUUGCUCUGGCUCGCGCUGUCCCUUCUGUUACCUGCCGGAGUUCUGACCGACGUGACGUGUCCGGCCGCCCCGCUAAACGCGCUCAAUUUCACCGACAUACCACAGCAACCUGCCGGCCGGGUGACAAGCGAUGCGGGGGCUUUAGCACCCCUGUACGGCUUCGUGAAGUCUUUCCUAGGCUGCGUGCAACCAAAUCCCUUUCCCGAAGAAUUAUUACGGAAUCUGCUGAAUAACGAGGGCGUCGACGUCAUAAAGGUGGCUCGUUAUGAAGCUGGUUACAUUGUGUGCGCUCUGCUCGGCCUGCUCUUCCUCUUCCUCAUGCCCCUGGUCGGAGCGAUCUUCGCGUGCUGUCGCUGCUGCGGACGGUGUGGGGGCAGGGCCAAAAAGGACCGCGAGGCCUCGCGCUGCCAGCGCAACGCCAUGAUCACAUUCCUCACCAUGACAACCAUCGUCAUCCCCUGUAAGAACAUCCUG